UGGACAGCAUUAUUUCAGGCCCAAGUGUUUUGGCGUUGUUCAAUCAUGGCGGAAUUGAAGGUCUUUGGAACUGAGGUGGAUCCUUAGUAAAGAAAAACAUAUUUUUCAUAUUUUGGUGUGUGCAACUUCCGUUGGAUUAAUAUGUAAUAAUGUACUGAUCCUUUCAAUCAGGACUGUCAUAACGACGUUGCAACACUGCAUGUUGAUGAUUCAGCAGGAGAAACCGCAGCUGGCCUGCACCAUGCCUGUGGUGUGGCCCACUCUCCUUGACUUGGGCAGGGAUGAGUGUAAGAGAAUCCUCCGUAAACUUGAGCUGGAGGCGUAUGCCGGUGUUAUCAGUGCUUUGCGAGCCCAAGGCGAUCUCACCAAGGAUAAGAAGGAUCUCCUUGGAGAACUCACUAAAGUCCUCAGCAUUUCAACAGAGCGUCAUCGUGCAGAGGUCCGUAGGGCAGUCAAUGAUGAGCGCCUUACCACCAUUGCCUAUCACAUGUCAGGUCCCAACAGCUCCUCAGAGUGGUCCAUCGAGGGGCGUCGGCUGGUCCCGCUGAUGCCCAGACUGGUCCCCCAGACCGCUUUCACUGUGACGGCCAACGCAGUGGCCAGCGCCACAGCCAAUCAGAACGCUUCGCUUCUGCUGCCUGCCGAAACAGGAAAUAAAGAAGUGGUUGUUUGCUACUCCUACACAAGCACCACGUCCACCAGUGCCACGGCGCCCAGCGGCAGUGCAGCAGCCAUGGUGAAAUCCCCCCGUCCGGCCAGCCCCGCCUCAAACAUGGUGGUGCUGCCCAGCGGGAGCACCGUCUAUGUGAAAAGCGUGAGCUGCUCGGAUGAGGAUGAAAAGCCACGUAAGCGGAGGCGGACUAACUCCUCAAGCUCCUCCCCUGUGGUGCUGAAGGAAGUGGCCAAGGUGACCCCGCCCAUGUCCAAGACCAUCACUGUGCCGGUGAGCGGCAGCCCCAAGAUGAGCAACAUCAUGCAGAGCAUCGCCAACUCCCUGCCACCGCACAUGUCCCCCGUCAAGAUCACCUUUACAAAACCCACCACCCAGACCACUAACACCACCACGCAGAAGGUGAUCAUUGUGACGACCUCUCCAAGCUCCAACUUCGUUCCCAACAUCCUGUCCAAGUCUCACUCACACAAUUACGCUGCGGCCAUGUCCAAGUUGGUGUCCACCUCCAUGCUGACCUCGGCCAACCAGAAGCAGACAGUGUUAAUCCCGGCCAGCUCCAGUCCCUCCUCGGCCCCAAACACAGUCGCUGUGACCACCAUGGUUUCUUCCAGCCCGUCUGUGGUCAUGUCGACAAUAGCGCAGGGUGGCUCGUCGACGGGCAUGAAAGUGGCCUCCGCCAGGCUCCCCUCUCCUAAGACCAUGGUGGGCUCUCCAACCCAGAUUCUGGCCCAGUUCCCCAAGCAGCACCAGCAGUCACCCAAGCAGCUGCAGCAGGGCUCCCCCAUGGGGGCAGGCGUCAUGGGCCAGGCCCAGUCCUCUACCACUCUCCCCGGCUCCAAACCCACCAUCCAGAUUAAGCAGGAGUCAGGUGUCAAAAUCAUCACCCAGCAGAUGCAGCCCAGUAAGAUCCUGCCCAAGCCCUCCUCUGUAGGCAUGUCCAGCAGCAGUUCCUCCCCCAUCAUGGUUGUCAGUAGCAACGGGGCCAUCAUGACCACCAAGUUGGUGUCCCAGCCCACAGGCACCCAGGCCACAUACUCAAGGCCCACUGUGAGUCCCUCCAUUGGCGCCAGGAUGGCGACGUCAACCAGUGGUGCCACCUACGUCAAGACCACCAGCGGCAGCAUCAUCACGGUGGUCCCCAAGUCUCUAGCCACACUAGGCGGCAAGAUCAUCAGCAGCAACAUUGUGUCUGGUACAACAACUAAGAUAACUACCAUUCCUAUGACGUCCAAGCCCAAUGUUAUUGUGGUGCAAAAGACCACUGGCAAAGCAACGACCAUCCAGGGCCUGCCUGGCAAGAAUGUGGUCACCACACUGUUGAAUGCAGGGGGCGAAAAGACCCUGCAGGGUGUGCCGGGGUCCAAGCCAGCCAUCAUCACAGCCUCCAGACCCAUCACCAAGAUGAUCGUGACCCAGCCGAAAGGCAUGGGCUCAGGGGUGCAGCCCAACACCACCACCAAGAUCAUCCCCACCAAAAUAGUGUACGGCCAGCAGGGCAAGACCCAGGUGCUGAUCAAGCCCAAGCCCAUCUUCCAGACUGCAGUGUUGAGCGAGCAGACCAGGCAGCUGGUGAGCGAAACACUGCAGCAGGCGUCCAGGGUGGCUGACGCACAGGAGGGGGCGCUGAAGGAUGAGUCAGGUGGCAUCGCCGAGGGCAGCUUUCAGCCCGCCGAUGGCUCCAACAGCAGCAGUCACGACUCCCAGCCCGUAGUGCACAUCAUCUCCUCCAGAGGGCAGGAGUGGGCUGAGCAGCAUGAAGUGUCGGUGGAGUCCGGCCCCACCAUCAUCUACCAGGACGUGUCUACGGGGAACGUGACCCAGUCGGCCACCUCAACCAUUAAGGCCCUGCUGGAGCUGCAGCAAACCACAGUGAAGGACAAGGGUGAGGCGAAGCCCAGGCAGCACACCAUAGACCUGAGCCAGAUGGCUGUGCCCUUUCAGAUGGCCCAGGACAAGAAGCAGCAGGAUCCAGUCUCCCCUGGGAUAUCCACUGUAGAGACUGAACCGUCCACUGAAUACAUCACUGCUGUUAAAGCCAGCCGGGCCGGACCAUCCUCUGGAGGCGACAUGGUCAUGUCCGCUAGCCAGCAACUGGCAGCGUCCUCACAGAGCACAGGUCACACCCCCAUGGUGGUCAAGUCCAUCCCAACUUCCUCUGCGGUCACCGUCACACGCAUUGUCCAACUGGCGUCGGAGGGCCAGCUUAUCCACAGUAAGCAGGUAGAGGAGAUGGUGAUGGAGGAGGGUGAACUAGAAGGGGACACCCUGGACCCCCAGACGGGCCUGUUCUACCGUUCCAUCCAACUCGCGGCAGCCCCUGCCCCUCAGCACCACACACUCCCCCAACCCCAAAGCCAGUCACACUCUGAGCCCCAGUCGGAGCAGGGCAGACACAUGCCCCACUCCACCCAGCCCAUGCCCCACUCCACCCUGCCCCCACAGCUACACAGCAAGCCCCAGAUGAGCCAGCCUUCCUCCACCUUGGUGAAGAAGCCACCCCAGCUCCAAGAGCAGUACCAGCCCAAGCCCCAGGCUCCAGGGCAGAGCCUGAAGGAGAGGCCCUCCUCUGCCUCGGGAUCCCCCCAGCUGGUGGGCCUGGGCACCCCUACAAAGCCACCCUCCCUCACCCCCCAGCUCCCCAAGCUGCAGCAGGCACCCACCUCCCACCACAGGCCCAUCCACACACAGCUGUCCCAGCCGCCACCCCUGCAGGCCCACCACCCGGUGGGUGCAGACAAGACCCCUUCCACAAGCCUGCACUUGUCCCUUGAUGGACCUUUUAAGAUCAAUAAGCCGCCAAUCAUCACCCAGGGCGCCAGCAUCACCAAGAUCACCUUCGGCGGUAGCAGCAGCCACCAGUCCCCGCCCGUGUCCAGCAGUGGUGAGGCCACAGCAAAGCUGGUCCCCGCCGAGCCCAGCAGCACGGGCCCGUCCGGCGGCGAGAAGCCCUCCGUUUCGGACAUCCUCAAGAUUUCCAUGAUGGAAGCGGAGAUCGACCCUAGCGCCGAGCCAAUGGUGGUGGACUCGUCCAGCGACUGCAGCCCCUACGGGAAGGGUGUGGGGGCAGGGGGAGAUCUAGGUGUGUUGGGGGGCUCAGGCCCGGUCAUCAGCAGCUCGGGGGCCUCCCUGCACCACUCAUCCCAUUCCAAGCCCCAGCACAGCCAGUUUAGCCGCAUCCAGGGCCUAGUGGCCAAGGGCAAAGAAGACCUGGACGUCAUUGAGGUGAUCCCUCGGUACUCUAUCAUGCCAGACUCCAGCCAGUCCAACGUGGUGGUGGAGCCCAGCGGCUUCCUGGAGAUCAGCAACUACACCAGCCAGCGGCUGGACGAGGAGAGCGUCAUGGAGCAAGAGGUGGACAGCAGCAAUGACGAGGCCACCACUGUCAGCCCCAUGGAGGGCUGUGCCGACCAGUCCCAGUGACCACUACACAUGUCAACUCCGUCACACACGAUGUGUGGCAGAGAUGAGGGUGAUUACGGUCAUCACAGUGACUUGUGGUUAUCUCCUGACUUAGUUAGAACCCUAAUCACGUUACGGCAAACGAAUAAAUGAGGUAUUUGCAUAACGGUAUUUGAUUCGACAAUGUACAUUUGAAUACAUGAUAGUACAGUUUGAGUUUCUGACUUGUAAUAAAUAAGUUUGAUGGCCUUCAGAUUACUUCAGUUUGUUUUAAAGUGGGCACAUGCAAUGAUUCAAGAUUGGUCACAGAGGAAUUAACACUUUGAAGUUGAAACAGUUGGUAAGAACAAUUGUUGGAAGAAAAAAGAAAUACAAACAAAUAAAUACACAUUCAACCUUG